AAAUAAUAACAAGAAAUCAGAAAUGUGAGCGAUCCGUUCUUUUCUUUUCGGUUUCAUAAUUCAUUGGUAUUUUAUUUUCAAAAAAAUAUAUUCAUAUAUUAGUUUUAACUUAUUUUAUUAUUUUUUUGCGGCUAGAUAACUCUGGCAUGUUCAAAAGGCCCAUCAUGUUGAGUAGCACGUAAAAUAUAAUAUUUAUAAUAAUACACGUUUUUUUAUUUACUUGCAACUUAUACAUCUAACUGCACUGCUGAAAUGGAAAAGUCUGCUAAAACAGCAUGGCUGUGUUCCAAAUUGAAACAGUUUGCGUUGGACGAAGACAUUUAUUUGAAUUACAUCGAAGGCGUGUUAGAAGGCGAAGAAGAGCAAAGUGAAAAAAUUAGCGCUCUUGAAACCAUUCUUGGCGAAGUCUUGAGUGAAAACGAAGCAAAAACUCAAUGUAUGGAAAUAAUAUCAAUGUACGAUACAGAUGAUGUCAACGAGGAGAAAUCUAGUAUAAACGUCAUUGAAAAUACCGAAGAAGCGCUAGUUAAACUGCUUGAAAACAAUAUAAGAACCGUUGUCUCGGCACCUAGCAAAACCACUACAAAUUGUAAUUCCGAUGACGAUUCAGAUUUGAUGAAAAUUCGUAAAAAUAUUUUAUCACAAUACGCGCAGAAAGAAGCCGAAUUGGAAGAAGACGAGUCUAGCGGUAUAGAUAUUGAACACAACACCAAUGCUAGUUCUGUGUUGGCCGCUAAAAAAGAACAAAGAGAAAAAGCAAAGGAACAGAGUGUCAAAAAAAAAGAAAAAGAUAAAGAAGACAGAGAAAAACAAAAGCAAUUAGCCCAAGAGAAAAAGGAUGCAAAAAAGAAAAAAGCGCAGAAAGUAGAAAGGAAACGUUAAUGGUUUAAUCGCUAUACUAAUUCAUCUAUGUACAUUAAUACAGUCUUACAUUCUUUGAACUCUUCUUUAGUUGCAUUUUUUUUUAUCCGUUUGUCAGUGUUUAUAAUACUGUUAAAUAUGUUUGUCCAUAGAGAUUAACUUGUUUUGUUAAAAUAAAAUUAUGGUUUGUUUUAAUAGUAAUAA